AUGGAGAUAGCUGAAGUAACCAAUCAGAUUCAUCCAUCGUCCCCCACCACACGAUCAAGCAAGUACAUACAUAAACAGUCCAACGAGUGUCAAACAUCGGCUAUUGCAUCAAUCAUCAUUGGAAAUGCCCCGCAAGCUGAGGACAAGCGCCAGGCCGCCCGCGAAGUUAUCGACAUUCUUCACGAAAUCUCAACCCUCCUGAACACGAAUCUGGACCGAACAGAGCUCUCCCUCUGCGUGUCUCUCAUCGAAAAUGGAGUCAAUCCUGAUGCCCUGGCGACUGUUAUAACUGAUCUCAGGAAGGAAGCUGCAGCAACCUCGCGGGGUCUUGCGAAUAAGCACGCCAUGCCUGAGUAAUUGCUUCUAUGUGCUUCGCUGUUUGCAAGAUAUGCAUCUUGCUAUUUCAUUCGGCUUUCAGCUAGCCGGCAUAUCAUGGUUCUUGGUGGCGUCAAGGUGGUCUGGCUUUCCUGAUUCUUCUGUCUAUUUUUUGCGAGUCUUUUACGUUUCUUCAUCUGAGUUGGGACAGGACGAUACCCUUUACGAAAUAUAGC